AAUUUUAUAUGCUUCGAGACUAAUUCUUCCAUAGGACUAAAGAUCAACUUCGGAAAAAGCCAUUUAAUGGGGGUGGGAGUAACGGAGAGUUGGCUAUCAGAAAUGGCUUGUAGAUUGCACUGCAAAGAAGGGGAACUCCCAUUUAAAUACCUGGGAAUUCCAGUAGGGGGGAAUAUCAGAAGGAAAUCAAUGUGGCAAUCAUUGGUACAAUCAGUUGAGAAGAAACUAGCUAGCUGGAAGGGCCGUUUCCUUUCUAUGGGAGGUCGUAUCACGCUCAUAAACUCAAUGUUGUCUUCUCUGCCCGUGUUCCUAAUGUCAGCCUAUUUAAUCCCAAAAGGUACACUCCUUGCAAUUGAUAAAAUUCGUAGACGAUUUUUAUGGGGUGGGGGGGCAGAGGAGAGGAAAAUAAAUUGGGUAAAUUGGGGAGAUGUAUGUAAAAGUAAAGAAAUGGGAGGGUUGGGAGUGAGAGAUUUGAGAAAGUUCAAUUUGGCACUAAUGGGGAAAUGGUGGGGUCGGUUAGCAAAAGUAGAUGAGGGACUAUGGAUGAAAGUAAUUGCAGCAAAAUAUGGAAAGGUCGGGAAGCACUGGAUGGACUGGAUUAGAGAAAACAAUGGAGGGGGAUCCUUAUGGUGGAGGGAUGUUUGCUGCCUUAAUAGUGUGAACGAGGAGAGUGUAGAUUGGCUGUCGGAGGGUUUUAGAAUGAAAAUUGGGGAUGGAAAAUCAGCUAGCUUUUGGUGGGAUAAUUGGGGAGGGGAGGGUUGCCUUGCUAACAAUUUUCCUAGGCUAUAUCUUCUGUCAAUAGGGAAGGAGAAUUCAUGCAACCAAAUGGGCAUCGCAAGGAGUGGAUCAUGGGAAUGGAAGCUAAAUUGGAGAAGAAAUCUAUUCGAAUGGGAAGCUGAAGAGGUCGUGGAUCUUGAAAGGAUGAUAGAAGGCGUGAAGGUUAGUCAAGGUCGGGCCGACAAAUGGGAAUGGAUUCACGAUAAGGGGGGUCUGUAUUCAACACAAUCAGCCUACCACAUAUUAGCUUCGGAUCAAAACGGACCAGGUGGACAUACAAUAUUCAAAAGAGUAUGGAACCCAAGCCUCCCAACCAAAGUUUCAACAUUUAAUUGGCAAUUAAUGUUGGACAGAAUACCAACCAAGGUGAACUUGCUGAAAAGGGGGAUUAUUAAAGAUAGAGAGGAGAGCAAGUGCGUUGUAUGUGAAGAACAUGAGGAGGUCUCUGCUCAUCUAUUCUUGAGGUGCAGGCUGUCCCGAGGGCUGUGGGAGGCAUGUGCCAAAUGGUGGGGGGCCAAGGUAAAACUCGACAUCGACUGUGUGAAGACUUUUGAAAAUUUUGGAGAGUGGUGUAAAGGAACUCGAAUAAGACAAGGAUGGGAUUGCAUCUGGAGUACGGUGGUGUGGACAGUGUGGCUUGCUCGCAAUCAAAAAUUAUUCCAGCACAAAGAGAUAAAUGCGGGGAAGCUGUUUGAAUCAAUUCAACUAAGGUCUUUCUUAUGGAUUAAAGCAAGAAAUGACAGGUAUGCCUUCACUCUUUCUGAUUGGCUUCUUAAUCCUGUUGUUUGCAUAAAGGAUAGUUGUAAAAGUAGGAAAGCCAUCAAAGGUAAAGCCGGAUGGAAUGGAAUGGCUUCUUGAUUACCUUAUUAGCAAAUGCGGCAGGUAGAAGGAAUUAGAAUCUUGUGAUAGGCUUGGUAGGAUAAUUUUCAAUGUUUUGUGGUUAUUGAUGGAUUUAUUCUCUCUGUAACUUCAUAGAAAGCAUUGAGCAACUAAUUGACUCUACUUGCAAUUAAGUCAGAGUCAGUUGAUGCUCAAUAUUUUCCUUGUUGUGUAUUAUGGGUAGGAGUACCCCUUGUACUCUAUAUAAUUAAAUACCUUUUGCUGUG